GUGCCUGUAGACACAGAAAUACACGCACUUUCUUGUUUCCCCCCCUUUUUUCCCACAUCUGCUGGAGCAGCUGAAGGACGGCAGAACCAGCCUGGGGAGACGGAGUGUCGGGUGGCCUCAGGACCCCUGGACUUUGCGAGAGGCUGAAGAUGGCUGCCACCGGAAGAAGCCAACACAGCGACACAGCCAUGACUGUUUUUCUGUUCCCGGCCACCAAUGUGGACUAAGCUGCCUCCUUUUGCCCUGGAGACCCAGCAUCCCAAAUAAAGCAUGACGUCUUCUAAGUAGGACAUCUUUCUGCUGGGAGACCAAAGCCAAUUUCACUCCCAAAUAACUACCAGCUUUAAGGACUCAUAUCAGAUGACCUCAGCUAUGUCUGAGUAGGAAGCCAUGUCAUCCUGCUUCUUCCAAGUUCUUCGAAAAGUAGGACUUCCCAGAGAACCAGAGGGGGUCCCUCCUGGAGGGGAAGCCCUGGUCCAGCUGAUGGACCUCUCUGGUGAAGAAUGCUCUUCCUUCCUUGGGAAGGCUUGAUGUUGGUUGAGCCAAUGAACGCCACUCUCUGGGGCCAACAGCAUGGAUGGGACCUUCAGCCCAAGUGAGGUUCCCAGAGGCAGCUCCCAACUCCCCACGUUCUCCACGGCAGCCAAAAUCCGUGUGGCCAUCACUGUGGUCCUUUUCCUUUGCUCCACUGGCAUCAACGCCGCCAUGUUGUGGAGCGUCACCAAGAAAUUUCAACGCAAGCCACAUCUCUGCAUCCUUCUCAUGAAUCUGGCUGCUGCUGAUCUUCUGGUCACCUUCGUGGUCAUGCCACUGGACACAGUGUGGAACGUGACCAUUCAGUGGUACGCUGGUGACCUGGCCUGCCGGCUUUUGAUGUUCCUCAAGCUGGUGGCCAUGUACGCCUGCUCUUUCGUGACGGUAGUGAUCAGCCUGGACCGCUGGGCAGCCAUCUUGCAUCCCCUGAGGGUCAGCAGAGCCAAGAGGAAGAACAAGACAAUGCUGUGCAUAGCGUGGACCCUCAGCUUCCUCCUAGCACUACCUCAGAUGCUUGUCUUCCACACGGUCAGCCGGUCGCAGCCCAUCCAUUUCGUCCAAUGUGCCACAGUGGGCAGCUUUGGGGCGCACUGGCAGGAAACCCUCUACAACCUGUUCACCUUCGCCUGCCUCUUCCUGGUGCCGCUGCUGGUGAUGCUGCUCUGCUACUCUCGCAUCUUGGUCGAGAUCUCAGGGAAGAUGGCACAAGGGAGGGCCUCGGCGAAAUCCAGGGAGGUCCACCUGCGCUGCUCACACAAUAACAUCCACCAAAUCCGGGUCCGCACCUUGAAGAUGUCGGCCAUCACAAUCCUAACGUUUGUCGCCUGCUGGACGCCCUACUACUUGCUGGGCCUCUGGUACUGGUUCUCACCCGAGAUGCUGACGCGGGAGCAGGUGCCGCCUUCGCUCAGCCACGUAUUCUUCCUUUUUGGCCUCCUCAGCACCUGCCUUGACCCGCUAGUCUACUGCUUCUGCUCUUCACGCUACCGGACUGGCAAGAAGUUGGCCAAAGCAUCAUCUGUCCGCAUGACCUCGGAGUGGGCGCCCACCGUGAGCAACGGCCCCAGGGCAGAGCCGGGAGUCCACUGGGCAUGCAAACCAGGGUGUGGCCAGAGUCCAAAACUGGCCUGGGCCAGGAAGGAGAAAAUGGCCGAGAGCUGCAUCUGAACUUCCAGCUGUUUGACCCGCUUGCCCACUUUUCCUUUCUGAUAAAUUCCGGCUCAGGAAUAUUUCCAGAACGAGGAAAAAAAAAAUAUCAAAUUGCAUGUCUGAAUUGGAAACAAUGCAGAAACAAGAUUGAGUUCGAGGUUCAGA